AACAGAGUGGCCGACAAAGCGUGCGGUACUGGGUACUACGCGUCGUCUGUUUGGACUGUUUUCGCCGGGAUUUGUUUGUUUUGGACAUGUACGGCGCUUGAAUCCUGUUAUCCCGCAUCUUCCGAGUCCUCGAACUAAUCCCCGCACCGAGAAGGGGGUCGGAUCGAAUCGUCAAGCCGCAUCUUCAUCUCCGAACCCCAAACCAUGGCUACCGCACCGGCGUCGGCGGCAGUCGUGCUGGACCAAGUCGAAGAAGACGCGUCCGCUAUGCAGUUCCCGAAGGAGUUUGAGAACGCCGAAUGCCUGCUCAUUUCCGAGGUGAACAUGCUCCUCGAACACCGCAAGCAGCAGAAUGAGAGUGCCGAAGAGGAGCAGGAACUCUCCGAGGUGUUCAUGAAGACGCUGAGCUACUGCCAGCGGUUCAGCCGCUUCAAGAACCGCGAGACCAUCACGGCCGUACGUAACCUGCUCAAACAAAAGAAACUGCACAAGUUCGAGGCCGCCCAACUUGCCAACUUGUGCCCAGACAAUCCCGAAGAGGCCAAGGCGCUGAUCCCGAGCCUCGAAGGCAUGUUCGAGGACGACGAUCUCCGGCAGAUACUCGACGACAUUCAGACCCAGCGGAGCUUCCAGUACUGACGUGAUUUCGUUCGUCGCCUGAAUGGAUGGACUUUUGGUUCGUGAAUCGGGUGCUACUUUUCUUGUUUUAUAAAUCGCUAUGUUGGCACGUCA